AUGGGGAGCCCAGGGCGCGUGACGACGCCUCGUGCUUGGGAGCCGAGGUCGAAGCACUGCUCGGAGCUGGGGGAAGUGGCGGCUUACGUCCCCGACCUGCUUUUGUCUGAGGACUUGAAGCAGGAGAGCCGCUGCGUGGAGAACUUCCACGGCGUGCUCCUCUUCGCGGAUGUGUCCGGUUUCACUGCUCUGACGGAGAAGUUCAGUCAGAGCAUCAACCUGGACCAGGGCGCGGAUGAGGUGGCGCAGACCCUCAACCGGUACAUGGGGGACAUCCUGGAGGAGCUGCUGGCUUUUGGAGGGGACGUCCUCAAGUUCGCAGGGGACGCCGUGCUGGUGCUGUGGCGCGUUCGGCAGACACAGCUGCGGGACACCGUCGGCCUGGUGCUGCAGUGCAGCCAGCAAAUCCAGGCCAAGCACGGCACCCGCGACACGGACGUGGGCCUGAAGCUCCGCCUGAAGAUAGGCAUCUCUGCAGGGCACAUGUCCUUUCUGACGGUCGGAGACAAACAGGAGCAGCGCUUCCUGAUCGUCGGCCAGGCCGUGGGGGACGUUUGGCAGGCCCAGAACCUCGCCAGCGCCGGCGACGUCAUCCUGUCCGCCGGCUGCUGGGAGCUCUGCAACCAGAGCAGGGUCAAGGCCAAGUGCCUCAAAGGCCGGAAGGCUGCUGUGAAGGUUACAGGCGUGGAACGGAUGUCUCUCUCCGAGCGGGAAGACAUCUCCUCCAAGGUCGCCCGAGCGCGGCUGAGCUCCUGCUCCCCUCAGCAGCCAGGCGUCCUGAGGCCUGCCAUUACCCUGGCCCCUCGUCGUGCCCUGGGGAAGCUGCUGCGCAAGUACCUGCCAGCAACGGUGCUGAGGAAGCUCGACGACGGACAACCCCUGGAGUACUUGUCUGAGCUGCGGCCGGUCACCUGCCUCUUCGUCAAGCUGCAGUUUGCUGCCCGCGUCAACCUGACGCACAUCUUCAAGGCCAUCCAGGACAGCAGCGUGCUGAUGUCGGAGAUCCUCCGUCCGCACAAGGGCGAGAUCAACAAAAUCUCCAUGUUCGACAAAGGCUGCACGUUCCUGUGUGUGUUCGGACUGCCCGGACAGAAGGUGCCCUGCGAAAGCGUUCACGCCUUGGAAAGCGCCGUUAAAAUCUCCAGGGCGUGCUUGUCGAGGCCGCGGAAAAUCGAGGCGGUCUCCGUCGGGGUCACCAGCGGCACCGUGUUCUGCGGAGUCGUCGGCCAUCGCGUGAGGCACGAAUACACAGUCAUGGGCCAGAAGGUGAAUUUGGCAGCUCGGCUGAUGGAGCACUACCCCGGGGUAGUGUCGUGUGACGCCGCAACCUACGCCGCCUCCCGGCUGCCCCGCUCCUACUUCAGGGAGCUGCCGGAGGCCAAGAUGAAAGGGGUUGUCGAUCCUGGCACCGUCUACCAGUACCUGGGGAUCUCGGAGAAGCCGGUGCUCGGCACGGGUGUCCCGAAGGCGAGGUCCGAGUAUUCCCCGUUGCUCGGUCGGGAGAAGGAGCUCGCCCUCUUUGAAAGCCACCUGAACGCCUAUGUGGCUAGGAAAGAAAGCCACAUCCUGGCGUUUGAGGGCGCGAUAGGCUCCGGGAAGAGCCACCUCUUUAGUGAGCUGGCCUGCUUAGGGCAGGCCGCUGGGCACAGGGUAGUGGCUGUGGAGCUGACAGAGCUAAACCAGCGGCAGGUCUUCUCGGCUGUGCACAUGGUGCUGGCCAUGGCCAUGGGCCUCCAGGCCUGUAAAUCCUGCAGUGCCAGACAGCUCGUCCUGCAGGAAAAGCUCCGAGGGCUCAUGGAAGAGAGCAGCUACUGCCUGCUCAAUGUGCCCUUCCUGGUUAAGUUCCCACUGUCGGAGCAGGUGUCCAAGAUGAGCGGUGCUCAGAGGACAGUGGAGUUGGAGUCGAUCUUCAAGAAAGUGCUGCAGAAGACCGUUGAAGAAGACGUUGCCCUGUUUUUCAUCGACAACGCGCAGUACAUCGAUCCUACCUCCUGGGCUGCGAUGUCGCACGUGCUCAGGGACGUCCCGAUCUUCCUGGUCGUGGGCUUUGCUCCCGGGCACUGUGGAAGGGAGAGGCUUUGUAAAGCAGCUGCUGACAUCGUGAAGCUGCAGCAAACGACCUACGUCCAGCUGGAAGAGCUGCAGCCUGCAGCUGUCGUGCAGAAAGCCUGCCACGACCUCGGAGUGGUCAGCGUGCCCCGGGACCUGGAGACGUUCCUGAUGCAGAGAAGCUACGGGAUCCCGUAUUACUGCGAGGAGCUGCUGAGCUACCUUCGUCGGCACGACCUGCUCCUCUUCCAGCAGCAGCGGAAGCAGGAGAAAGCCGAGGCCAAGUGGGAGAAUCUCUUCACAGCGCAGAGCGAGGUCUGGCUCGGGCGUGGGUUCCCGUGCCGCUGGCCGCUGGGACGGGCGGAGCAGAGGCUGGGGGUUUUGUUGGCUUUGAGAGGAGCAGCGGUGCCGCUGUGGCGGGAAGUGGCGGUCGAGGAGAAGAGGCGCUCCCUGGCGCUGAGCUAA